GGAGCCGCGGGUGGCUCCGCCGGGGGCUCGGGGGGAGGACGGGACCUCCAGGAAGAGGAGGGUCCCUCUCCCGCCCCGGAUUUCGGGCUGAUCCCGACCCCGCAUCCGCUUCCCGCGGGCGGCACCGAGCCCGGAGCGCCCCCGACCCCGGGAAAAGCGGACCGGGAGGCAGAGGCCGCGGACAGGGGGUGCCCGGGGAUCGGGGGAUGCUGAGGGGCCAUGGCCUCGCUGCUGUCGGUGCAGGAGGAGAACCGGAUCCUGCAGCAGGAGCUGUCGCGGGUGGAGGAUCUGCUGGCUCAGAGCCGGGCGGAGCGCGAUGAGCUGGCCAUCAAAUACAACGCGCUCAGCGAGCGGCUGGAGCAGAGCCUGCAGCUGGAGCCGGGGGAAGCAGCCGAGAGCCGGAGCCUGGCCCAGCACAACAUCGAGCUGCGGCGGCUGCUGGAGGAGGAGCAGGCUGCCUACAAGAGGAAGCUCCAGGCGUACCAGGAGGGCCAGCAGCGCCAGGCCCAGCUGGUGCAGAAGCUCCAAGCCAAGGUGCUGCAGUACAAGAAGAAAUGCGGGGAGGUGGAGCAGCAGCUGCUGGAGAAGGCGACGGAGCUGGAGCAGGAGAGGCUGACGAUCCAGCUGGAUGCCAGCGGCUCCCAGCCCGAGGAGGAGAGCAGCAACGAGCUGGAGAAUGCCCUGAUCCGGCUGGAGGAGGAGCAGCAGAGGAGCAGCAGCCUGGUGCAGGUGAACUCGAUGCUGCGGGAGCAGCUGGACCAGGCCAACGUGGCCAACGCGGCGCUGAGCGAGGACAUUCGGAAGCUCACGGCUGACUGGGCACGGGCCCGGGACGAGCUGGAGCAGCGGGAGGCGGAGUGGAGACGCGAGGAGGAGUCCUUCAACACCUACUUCAGCAACGAGCACAGCCGGCUCCUGAGCCUCUGGCGGCAGCUGGUGGCCUUCAGGCGCCACUUCGGGGACAUGAAAGCCACCACCGAGAGGGACCUGGCGGAGCUCGGCCACGAGGUGUCCCGGACCGGCCGCGCCGCCCACGCCGCCUGCCUGCACCUGGCGGCCAACCUGAGGCUGAGCGAGAGCCAGGCGGGAGCGGCCCGGGAGCGGCUGGAGCUGCGCCUGGAGCAGCUGCAACAACAGCUGGAGGCGCGGGCCAGGGACGCCGAGCUGGAGAAAACUGCCCUGGCAGCCAGGGCGGAGGAGCUGACGGCGGCGCUGGAGCAGCGGCGGAGCGAGGAUGAGGAGCGGGAGCGGGCGGUGGAAGCGCUGAGCCUGCGGCUGCGGGAGCUGGAGGCCGCUCGUGCCCGGGAGAUGGAACAGGAGCAGGCCCUGCGCUCCGAGCUGCAGCUGCUGCGCCGGACCCUGCACGAGGUCACCCAGGCGGUGCUGGCGGAUGACCCCGAGCCUGCCGUGCUCUCCGUGUCCCCCGCGUGUCCCGGGGUGUCCCCCGCGUGUCCCGGGGUGUCCCCCGCGUGUCCCGGGGUGUCCCCUCUCCGCAGCCUCUCCGCCAGCGCCGCCGCCGCCGCCGUUCACGCGGCGCUGAGCCGGCGGCAGCUGCAGCUGCAGGAGGCCCAGAGGCAGGUGGAGGCGGGCCGGGAGGCGGCCGGGAGCCUGCGGCGGGAGCUGGGAGCGCUGGAGCAGCGUUUGGAGCAGCUGGGAGCCGAGGCCGGGAGCUGCCGGCGGGCGCAGGAGGAGGCGCAGCGGGAGGAGCUGCGGCUGCGGGCCCAGGCCGAGGGGCUGCGCAGGGAGCUGCUCCGUGCGGAGGCGGCGCUGGCGGAGGAGCAGCAGCGGGCCGGGGCUCUGCAGCAGGAGCGGGAGCAGCUCCGGCGCCAGAGCGAGGAACUGCGGGAGAGCCGGGAGGAGGCGGCUCGGGAUGCCCAGAGCGCCCGGGAGCAGCUGGAGAGCAGCCGGCAGCAGCUGCAGGAGCUGGAGCUGCAGCGGGCGCGGGCUCAGCGGGAGCUGCUGGAGGCUCGGGAGGCGCUGAGCCGGGCGCUGCUGGACGCGGAGCUGGCCCGGGGCGAGCAGGAGGCGCUGGCCGAGGCUCUGGGCAAGGCUCAGGGCAGCUGCGGGGAGCUGGCCGGGGCCCGGCGGGCGGCGGAGGCGGAGGAGUCGCGGCUGCGGGACGCGCUCGCCAGGACCAGCGAUCUGGCGGCCGGGCUGGCCCGGGACAAGGCGGAGCUGAGCCGGCGGCUGGAGCGGCUGGAGCAGGAGCGGGAGCGGGGCCGGCUGCGCACCCGGGAGCUGUGCCGGGAGCUGGCGCUGCUGCGGGCGCGGCUGGAGCGCGGCCCCCGGCCCGGCCCGGAGCGGCGGAGCCCGGAGCGGGCACGGGGAGACCCCCGGGACGACGGGCGGGGGCUGCGGGAGGAGCUGCGGGAGCUGCGGGGGCUCCACGAGCGGCUGCGCCACAGCCUCGGCCAGGCGGUGCAGGAGCAGAGCGCGGCGGGCGAGGCUCUGGCGCGGGCGCGGGCGGAGCAGGAGCGGCUCCGGGCGGAGCAGGAGCGGCUGGGCCGGACACAGGCGGCGCUGGCCCAGGACGGGGCCGGACUGGCCGUGCAGCUCGAGGCUGCCCAGCGCCGGGACCGGCAGCGGAACCGAGAGGCGGCCGGGCUCAGGUCAGAGAAGGAGGGGCUGGAGAGCAGCGUGUUCCAGCUGCAGCAGGAGCUGGCCCAGCUCCAGGCCCACAAUCAGCAGCUGGAGGCCCAGGGCCGGACACUGACCCAGGCCAAGGAGGCGCUGGAAGCGGAGCUGGCCGUGGCGCGGCGCGAGCGGGCGCAGGAGCUGCGGGAGCGGCGCCAGGCGGUGGCGGUGGCCGAGGCGGGCCGCGGGUGUCGGUGGCCCUGCAGAGCGCCCGUGAUGCCCACCGGGACCAGCUGGAGCAGCUCCAGCGUGAGAAGGUGCCCGGGGGGGGGGGGGCACGAGGAUUUGGGGGCUGCUCUGGCGCUGCAGGAGGAGGAGCGGGUGGCCCUGGCGGGGACCCUGGCGGGGCUCCAGCAGAGCCUGACAAGGGCCAUGGCCGAGCUGGAGCAGCGGCGGCAGGAGGUCACCGGCCACCAGGAGAAGGAGCAGGUGGGGUUUUUGGCCGCGGAGCUGCGCUCGCUGCGGGCGCGGGCGGAGGAGGCUGCGCUGAGCCACGAGCGGGAGGCGAGGAAGCGGGACCUCCGGGAGCGAGCGGCAGCGGCGGCCCAGCAGCGGGACAGCGCCCUGCGGGAGGCGGAGGAGGCGCGGGCGCAGCUGCGGGCGGCGGCGGAGGCGCGGCGGGAGCUGCUGGAGGCGCAGCGAGAGGCUCGGGGAGAGCAAGCCAGCGAGCGGCGGAGGGCGCAGGAGGCUCGGCGGGCCCUGGAGGACGCGGAGAGGGAGAAGGAAGCGCUGCAGAGCUCCAGCGAGGAGCUGCGGGCCGCCCUGCGGCGCUCCGAGGGGGAGCGCAUCAGCCUGAAGCGCUCCGGGGAGGACAAGGAGCAGCGGCUGGCGCUGCUGGAGGCGGCGAGGGCGGCGGCGGAGCGGGAGGUGUCGGAGCUGCGGGCGGCGCUGCGGGGGCUGGAGAGCGCCCGCCUGGAGAACCGCCGGGAGCUGCAGGAGCUGCGCCGACAGAUGAAGGAGCUGGACAGCGAGAACAGCCGGCGGGGCCGGGAGCUCGGGGAGCUGCAGGCCCGGGUGGCCCUGGAGGAGCAGCGGGAGCAGCGGAGCCGCCGCGAAGCCUCCGGCCUCAGGCAGAAGGUGGCGGAGAGCGAGGCCGGCACCGAGGCUGCCAGGAAGGAGCUGCAGCAGCUGCAGCAGCGGCUGGCGGCGGCGGAGCUGCAGUUCCGGCAGCGGGAGCAGGAGCUGGCCCGCAGCCUGGAGGAGGCUCGGGGCAAUGAGAAGAAGCUGCUGGCGGACGCUCGGAACCUGCAGCUGAAGGUGGAGGCGGCGCGGGCCGAGGUGGCGGAGCUGGGGCUGCGGCUGAGCGCGGCUCAGGGCCGGGCACAGGGGCUGGAGGCGGAGCUGGCCCGGGGCGAGGAGCAGCGCAGGGCCACCGAGUCCCGCCUGGGCGGCCUCGAGGCCACCCUGCGCCGAACCGUGGCCGUGGCCAGGGCCAAGGGAGGGGUCCCGGAGGGCCCGGCCAGCCCCGGUUCCCUCCCGGACACCUCCGCGGACCCCGAGGCGCUGCGGGCGGCGCUGCGGGAAUUCCUGCGGGAGCUGCAGGACGCGCAGCGGGAGCGGGAGGAGCUCCGCGGGGAGCUGCGCAGCCAGGCCCGGCGGCUGCGGGAGGCCGAGGCCGAGCGGGACAGCGCCCGCGGCCGCGCCCAGCAGCUCCAGAGGCUGCUGGAGGACAGCGAGCAAGGCCGGCGGGAGCUGAGCGCCGCCCGGGCCUCGCGGCUGCUCCAGGAUGAAUCCCUGCGCAAUUCCCGGCGGGAAUGCCGAGAGCUGCGGGACAGACUGAGCACCGCAGAGAGACAGCGCAGGGCCGCCGAGGAGAAGCUGAGGGAGCUGGAGGGGGCCCGGCAGAGGCUGGAGCUGUGCGAGAGCCGCAGCUCCCGGCUGGAGGCCGAGCUGGGCCGGGCCCGCCGGGCGCUCGCUGAGACGGACGCGGAGGCGCGGGAGGCGCGGGAGAGAGCGGAGCAGCUCCAGGGACAGCUGGCUCGGGCCGGGGCCCGCCCGGUUCCGCUCCCGGUUCCGUUCCCGGUUCCGCCGGGGAGCGGCUCCACGGGGGAGGCUCCGGCCGGGUCCCCGCUCCACGAGCGGCUCCUGCAGCUCCAGAACGCGCUGGCCGCCGGCGAGAUGGACCGGAGGCUGCUCCAGGAGGGGCUGGAGGAGGCGCGGCGGGCGCUGGCGGAGGCGCGGCGGGAGAAGGGAAUGCUCCGGGAGCAGCUCCGGGAACAGCGGGAGCUGGGAAUGCCGCGGGAACCGGGAAUGCUGCGGGAACCGGGAAUGCCGCGGGAACCGGGAAUGCCGCGGGAACCGGGAAUGCCGCUGGAACCGGGAAUGCCGCGGGAACCGGGAAUGCCGCGGGAACCGGGAAUGCCGCGGGAACCGGGAAUGCCGCGGGAACCGGGAAUGCUGCGG